GCAAUGGUUUGGUAAUUUAGGUUUGGAAAAAGUAACAAACUAGCCAUGAUUUUUGAAUAAGUAAGCUAGAAGAAAAGCAACCAAAGGCUGCUGGAGAAUUUCAUUGCUCUGCUUCAGGGCUUUCAAAUGAGAAGGUUUUGGAAAUCUAUUGGAGUUCUGAUAUAAGUUGGCAUUUAUGCAAAUAAACUUAGCAGUGGACAUUUGUUCCUGGUCUUAACAAUAUAGCACAACCCCAGUACCUCUGGGAACCAAAGAUUUGAAGUCUUGUCUCUGACAAAGACGUCUUGUUUUAAAACCAUUAAAGAAAAAGAUGCUUUCGUCUUCAGUGACGAGUGUUGAAAAAGGCGGUUCUUCCCCAACGUAUUCAUCACGUUCCACCGAUGGAAAUACAGGAAUUGGUGAAAUCAGGGGGAAAAUCUCCAGGAAACAAGUGCAUGAAACGCUUACAGACGGUCACGACAAAGCAGGAACAGAUCAGUCCUCCCCUGAUUCUAGUUGCCCAGAGUAUACUCCAGAACUGGCCACUAAGCUCCUUCAGCAGUUUGGGCUUGAAAAGGAGGACAUGGGGAAUCUGCUCUCUUACCCCGAGGAGCAGGUCACCGUUAUGAACCUGCCCCUCAUCUUGAAGCAGAUCUGUGAUCUGAAGGAGAAGAAAACGGUCGAUGGAUCCAAUUUUCCACCCAGAGCGAGCACAAGCGGAUCUGAUGGUAUGAGUUCAGAAGGUCCACAGAUUCACCAAGUCAAACCUAAGGAAGAUAAGUUUUCUGGACGUGAAGUUCUGGAGGGGACCCAUAGACGUGUUGAAGGAGGUUUAUCCUACAACCACCGUAAAGAGAUACUGUGGAGGGGUAAAACACAGGGGAAAAACUCCUGUUCAGUACCGUCACAGGACCAGAAGAGCUCUUCUACCAGCUUGAGCUCAAUCCAGACCUCUGUGGACUGUCCACCCAGUGAUUCAAGCAAACCGCAGACCCAACCAGGCCAGGGUCUACAAACCAUUAUCUCCUUGUUUCCCCUGCUAAAUCAAGGCACCGACAGAAGUUCUGGAAAGUCUCACGGAUCUGAACCUUCUCUGACAAAAACAAAGUCAACGCCUGACAACCAACCGUCUGCUUCAUUACUCGAUGAUAUGAAUCCUGGCCGAGCCGACCGGUUCCUUAGCGGCCAAAUGUGCAAAGACGAGAGUACAAGUCAUGGCCGAGUAAUAACAGUGGUUGAGACAAAGAGAAAUCAGAAACGUAUGAAGCAAAAAACAAAGCAGAAGUCUCAGGAGGAGCAGUACCAGAGGCUGGAACGACCAGUACCAGAGAUGCAGAAAACACAAGGGUACUCUGUCCCCCCUCCGUCCGUAAGGCCCAGGACAGUUUCCGCUUCUCUGCGUCCGCCUCAGGCACUCUCUAACCCGAUCACCCAGUGGUUGCAGCCACCUCCAGGCGGACCGUUCCUACCAGAGGUUUCUGUUUUUAGUGGUCUACCUCCACCAGCCAUGAUGGAAGAUUAUGCUGCAGCCACACCGAGAGCGUUCCCACAUACCUGCUCUCUGUGUUGCAAAGUCUGCGCCGAUAUUAAGGACUGGAUCUCCCACCAGAACGUCAGCUUUCAUCUGGAGAACUGCAAAAUCCUCCGCAAACGAUACCCAAACUGGGCUAGUACAUUACCACUUUUUAAAAGUUUAUCUGACGUUGACGGCAAGCAGCGCGCCUCUACCUCCUCUCAGACUUCCCAGCAGUAUGAUCACAGAGUCAGGCUCCAGAACCGACCCAGAUCAAGGUCCAGCAGCCCAUACAGCUGCAGCAGACCGAUGGAGGAGGGAUCCAGGAGCCGUUCCCGUUCUCCGGGCCCGUAUCCCUACGAUGCUCUGAGGAGGAGAAGCAAAUCAGGAGAGUUGGCGGAUUCAAACGCUCACGGGUCUCCGUCGCGUGGUAGGAGCCAGGAGAAGAGGUCCUCCUCCAGCAGGAGGACAAAGAAAGGAUCCUCGUCACGAGGGGUCCACAAGAGGCAGGGGGGGUCGUCCCAUAAACACCAGAGGUCCAGCAAAGUGGACAAGCUUUCCAGAAAGCUGCUGAAGACUUCAGCUGUCCAGUCUCUUAUGAAGAGCCCGAAACUCAAAGCUGUGAUUAAACGUCUGGUUCCGGUCAUCCUGGCUGAACUCGGGAAGCUGAAGUCCUCUGCUGCUCCCUCUUCCUCCUCCGCUCACGCAGCAAACAGGCGACUAGAUGCAACGUCAUCCAGGAUGGAGCCGGACGUUCACACCACUGAAUCGGCUCCAAAGGCCGUCGUACGCUUUGAAAACGAGGAGGAGGCAGAGAAAGUGAAACAGACGAGGAGCCUCGAUAUCGAAGGAACGUCGGCUGUUAAAGAAAAAAACGUUCUUCCUAGGAAACGUUUUCCUACUGAACAGAAGCAGAAAAUGGCCCCACAGCAAAUAUCUGUGCAAGCUGGUGUGUCAAAACGACGACCUGCCGAACGCUCAUCCAGCGCUGCCCUUCGUCUACCUCCAACUAGAAAGCCUUCGUCUUCAACAAGAAGGAAAAGCACGACAGCAAGCAGACUCGUCUCAAAAGCAAAAGUUCUGGUUUCCAAAGCCAGAAAUGUGCUAAACCUGCAGGUUUUUAGACCUUUAAAAAUGGGAGCUGUUAAAUUAGCUAAGGGGAAAAGACGAGCUUCAAAGCUUCCGCGAUCAACAAGGUGGUUUUCUAGGAGGAGGGCGGAUAGACAAAAAAUACGGCCUGAAAAAAACAAAACGGGGGCUCGGAAAUCCCCAAACGCCUCAGAAGAAACUAGACAGAAAUCUACAACUCCGGUGGGAUGUUUACAGGAAGACGUGGAUGUGAGCAGAGAAGGGAUGGAAGAAAAUGAAGAUGUGAUGAAAUCACUGCACGCGGGUUCAGAUUCUCCCCACGACGCUGCAGAGGCGGCUCCUGAAAGCGAGCAACAAGCUGAACCCGACGAGGCGAGCCUUUGGACCAAAGCGUUCAAAGAUGCAGAAACUUGGGAAUGCGUAGAAAGCGGAGCGGCAGAUCAGCGGGAAGGUAAAACCGAAGACAAACCAGAGAGACAAACUCCAACAACUGCAGCCGGAUCGUCCUCACAGAGCCAGAAACAUCAGACUUCAGCGCAGGAGGCUGAGCAGAAAGCAGGAAGUUCAUCAGCCUCACAGACGCCGGAGAUGCUGACAGCUGUGGCGACAAAAACGAAGAAAAAAGUGAGGAAGAAGAAUCGGUCCGGAGGAGAUCCAGCCGACCAAACGAUGCCUUCAGCCGCUGCUGACGUCCUGACCGCCGAAGAAAAUUUGACGUCUCUAUGUGGAGAACGAAUCAGUUGUUUGGGCAAGAAAACCGUCAUGUCAUCAAAGCUGUUUUCACUCGAUGCGAAGGUGCUGCUGAUUACAAACCUGCCGAAAUAUUCUGAGGGCUGCUACAGAGAGGAUGAAGUUGCCAAUCUGCUCCGCCCGUUUGGGUUCAUCUAUAAAGGGAACAACAUCUAUGUUAUUCCUGAGAAGUGCAUGGCGUUUGCUCAGAUGCCAGAUGUGAAGACGGUUCAAAACAUCGUGGCUCAUUCCGACCAAAACAAUCUUGUUUUCAGAGGAUCGAAACUGUCGGUCAGAGUUGUGCACGACAUGCUUUCCAUGACGCCAUUUGGAUUUUAUUCAUUUCUGAUCAAAAGGAGCCACUCUAAAGUGGAGGACGAUGGAGGAAGCUCCGUCUUCAUCCACAACAUCUCAGAGAGCGAGGCCAGCGCUCUGAGGGAAGCUCUGAAGACCAUGGGCUCUGUGAGGCGAUACCUGCCUCUUCUCAACAAGGUGUUUGUUGAAUUUAAAUCCAGGAGUGAAGCCGACCGGCUGGGAGUUUGGUACAGCCUCCUGAAGCACCCUCCGGCUCAUUAUGUCUUCAGGAUGAAAAUACCCCAAAUCAGCAGGAUUUCUCCACCACCUAAGGCUCCAAAUAAAGCCGUGCCAGACGGCGGCCGAGCUGGUGACGGAGCCGCCGCCCCCGCUGCCGAGUGUUGGGUUCCACAUGGAAGCACGCCUCCAUUUUGGAUCACAAUGACCACCAAACCGUUUCUGUUUCCCACCUUCUCUCCCUGGUUCAGUAUUCCAGAGCAUCUGACAGUCGGUACAAUAAUGGAUGUAAAGAAAACGGCGUGGCAGGCCUCCAAGUUCAACACCAUCAUGCUGACUGGUUUACCUCAGAGAAACUACACCCACGAGGACGUGGCCAAGCUGGUGUGGCGCCAUUUCCCCCUACGAAACCUGCGGACUCUGUUCUACAAUGUGACGGUCUUAGCUCUGCAGAGGAGGGCCUUUGUGUUUUUUAUCAGCUGGGACGCCUGUCAAGAUUUUCUCCUAAAUCACGUCAACAAUCCAGUUUCUGUCGAAGGCGCCAAUCUCAGCGUUCACCUGGUCUUAGAGAACAUGCAGCCCGGCGUCAGUGAGGAGACGAUGUACAGAGCUCUGAUGAGAUGGAGCGACGCUCACGUUUCAGAGCCCGAGUCUCUGGAGGAGCGGCUGCUGUGUGUGGAGAUCUGCCGUCCAGAUGUGCACCUCGUCUUGAUGGUCAUGAAAGAAGUGGCGUCUGUUGCUGCGUUUGUAAACUUCCUGCCGCUCGCUAACCGGAUUGUGGUGGAGAUGGCUGAGCCAAGAGGUGUAACAGAAGUCGUGGACAAGAUCUCACUGGACUCUUCAUGUCAAAUUUGGCGGAGAGUUAAACGUAUUGAGCCUCUGAAGAGUCUAAAUCGGCGACUACAAGACUCGAGUGAGACUGAAAUAAACCUUGAAGUGGACACGCUCGGUGGAUCCCAGCGUCCUGCCGAGGACCUGCUGAACCCAGCUGCUAGGUCUGAUUCCCCCCCAUGGUGUGGUGGAGAAAUGGAAAGCCUUUUUUCUCCUCAGAGGAUAUCGUGGCCCCGGCAGAGAGGCAAAAGAGCCUCAGAGAGUCCGGUUGCAUCCAUGGAGAGUCCUUGGUGGGACGGAGAAGGUGGUAAACCCACAGAGAACGUCGCUGCGAGCCGCUCCGAGUCUGAACAAAAACCAGAAGCUUCAGAGAAGGAUCCCUCUCCUAAGAGGAGGAAGCUGGAGUUAAAACACCAAACCCAGAGUCUGGAGGCUGGAUUUAAAGACGCAACAGUAAAAGAUGAGAAGAAAGGUGUGGAAGAACAUGGAGAGGAUGAAAAAAGUCAUCCUGCAGAGGAAGAAAAACUCAAUGCUCUCCAUAAAAGUGAAGGAAAGCAGGAAGAUGAGGAAGACCAGGUUCUACGUCAGGGAGGCCUUCAGGUCUCUGACGUCUGCGUGACGUCAGCUGACGAUCGGACCGGGCCUGAACUCCAGCCACUAGAAACUCCCUGCUACCUGCUGUCUGAAGCAGACGGUUCCCCCACAGGAGAUGUUUACCAAGCGAUGGACUCAGUGGAGGGUCAGCCACCCACUGAGCGGGGAUCGGAAACUAACGAGGGAAAAGCGGCCAAGAGAAGCACGGCAGCCGCCUCCAGAGACGACGAACCAACCAGGACCAACACCUCUGAACGUGACGAGAUGGACGCCACAGAAGAAACGCUUGGUGGACACGAAGACGCCUCAGAGACUCGAAGUUCAAGAGGACCAAAGAGUGCCGGAGGAAGCUCAAUUCAAGCAGAGCUCCUUCUGUGUGCUAAAGAAGCUGCCGAACCGACCAACACAGGCUCUGCAAACAGAAGAACCGCAGCGGGAGAUGUUUGGAGUCGAUCAAGGACACCGGAGAUGCCCGCAUCAACGAGCCCCUCUGCUGGAGACUCUGAAGACCAAAGGGAGGAGAAAACACCUCUGAAAGAAACCUGUCCAGCAAGGAAGAGCGACACCCUAACAGUUGAUGAAAUAAAGGUCUGGCAUAAAAACGCCGAGGAGCAAAAAACGACUAAACACGUGACAGAAGACAGAUCCAGACCAGGAGGGAACGACGUUGCCAUAGAUGGAACAAAAAUGGCCGAAAACGGGGAUGAAAGAAGAGCUCCAACAAACAGCAGCUGCACAAGCAAGUCUGCUGGAGAGGAAGAAGACACAAAGUGGAAGACGGAAAACAAAGAGACUGACGCUAGUCUCUGUGAGGUGGGAGAAGAUGAGACGGUGGAGGGACGGCGGACGGAAGAGUCAUGGUGGUGGGACGUAACAGAGGGAAAGCUCCUUACAUGGGAUGAGGCUGAAGAAGAGGACGACGGAUAUGAAGAGGGAGAGACUCCGGGAUCGGCAGAGGGAAGAGAGGGAUGCUCCGAACGGCGCUCAGUCCUCAGCAAACACACCAGGGGGCUUGUUGGACCUCAAGCAAAGCUGCGUCACUUCCAGUCUUCGUUCCUCUCCGUUGACGCCAAGCUGUUCCCGUUCAGCGGCAGACCCCCCCUCGGUGAGGAGUUUGUGGAGCCCAGGUCGGGCCUCUUCUGCUCCGUCUGCUGCGUUUUCUUCCUGGACGAGCCCAGAGCCGACGACGCGCACUGCUGCAGCCGCGCGCACUACGACAACCUCCAGCGUUAUUACCAGAGGCUUUCAAGAAGGCCGGACCCCAGUUAGCCGCCGUCUGCGUCUGACUGAUCGGUUCUUAAAGG